CUGGCUCAGAAGCUACUCACGAACCAUGUGUGCGACAUUCAUUAUACAUAGCUCGCGAUUCAACAAGUCUAGCAACCGCUUGCCAAAGGUUGUGAAGUGCAGUUUGUCACGAAGACGCCUGUGUGCAGGGGAAGGUUCUCCAAAGAUGCAGACUGCACCGCCAUGUCAGGCAAGCCACGUGAGCCACUAGUCCUGCAGACCUGUACGGGCACCAAGCUGCUUCGCAGGUGAGAGAGGUGAGAGCUGGCCGUUGUGGCCGUUACCGUGGGCAGUUUGGAGCUCUGUGGUGGCACGCAAGGUGCUGAGGAGCGAUUUGCCGCAACUCAAGGAUCAAUGGAGCAAGCGAGAAAGUAGUAGGGAUACCACGCCGCAGGCGAUUGCACACUUCGCGCAGACGUUCGGGAAGUUGAAGGAGAGGGACCAGGCGAGAGUUGCAAGAAACUGGAUGUAGUUUGCAGUUGGCAUGGAUCAGUCAAGGACAUUCGAAAAGAGGUAGAUGAUGAAUAGACGUCUCAUGUCGCCUCGCCAUGCCUCGCUACAUCUGUGACAUACAUGGAAGAAGACAGCUCCUGCAGGCCAUCCUGGAUUCUCUUGUGACGGUUGCCAGAUAGAAGCUAGGAGAGUUCCCACCGCAGAAGCUUUCCUACAUGGCGUGAUGAUUUGGAACUUUGCGUGUAAGUGAUCGCUCUUUAUGGGAAGAUGCAGCGCGGGUUAUCCAAGAGAAGCUCUUGCGCAAAAGGAAUGCCUUCGCUUCACAAGAUGUGGCUGGCAUUAUGUGAGGCCAGGCUUUGAAAUCUCUUAUUCAACAUUCUGUUUGUCCCUGUUAUUGUUGAACUUCGGCUGAUCACUGAAGACCCGGGAUUCAGCUCAUGUCCCAAGGUUGCCUUCCACUAUCCGAGGCCUCGCCAAGCUUCAGAUUCGCAACGAACUGCUGACGAGUGCCCUGACGCAUCGGGCGAUGUCCCUUGACUUCAGUGCGCGGAAUCUUUGCAACCUGGCUCGGGCAUGUGGCACUACGCAGCACAGAAGCUGGCCUUUUUUGGAAGUGCUUGGUCAGGAGCUUGUCCCAAGGGCUUCAGAGUUGACGCCCCAGGGUGUGGCAAAUCUGGCGUAAUCCUUUGGCAAAGUCAUGGGUUCAAGUGCAGUUUUGUUGGAAACGCUUGGGCAUUUGGCACAGCAAUUCUGUUACGAAUUUGCUGCGCAAGAGUUAGCAAACACUGCUCGGGAAAUCGGCAAGCUAGACACUGGUAGCCAAUUGUUGAUGAGAUGUAUAGCUGCACAAGUAGCUUCCUUCGCAAACCGAAGGCACCUGGAUUCACAGUGCUUGGCCAAUGCAGCAUAGAGCUUUGCACAUUUAGGACUUCGAGAGGAACAGCUGUUGCUUGCUUUCAGCAACUCUUGUGAGACAGUUCUGCAGGGAGAGCCGCAGGAAACAAGCAGCUUCGCUUGGGCAAUAGCCAAAGCUUCCUUUACAAACCUGCCUUUGAUGGCCGCAAUUGCUGAGACCUCCAGGUGCCGCAUCGAUGAGCUCUCCGCACGGGUCGUGGCCAGCAUUUUGCAGUCCCUGGGCACCGCUGGUGCCCCUCUAUCCAAGCCCUUUCUGGCUGCAGCGAGUGCUCGAGGUCUCGGAGAUUUGGGAUGUUAGGAUGUGACAAACAUUGCUUGAAGGUUUGGGAGGUUGAAGGUCUCAGAGUUGGCUCUUCUAGGUGACCUGGGAGUGGCAUUUGCGGAGCAGGCUCAGGAGUUCAAGAUGCAAGAAUUGGCAAACAUCGCAUGGUGCUUUUCAACCUCAGCUGCAUCCGACCGUCCUUUGUGGCACAUCCUGGCAGAAGUAGCCGCCCAUAAGAUAUCCAGCAAAGAAGCGGCAGUAUCGUUGGUCGACUUGGAAAGCAUAGUUGCGGCCACCUCAGAGAUGGGAGGUAGCGGCAACGUGAUCUUCGAUCAGCUUUAUGACGUCGCAGCUCAGGCCUUGGAGGUGCGUGCUUUGGCCCUUGAUGGAGAUGCUGAGAAAGAAGCUCCAAGCCCCAUUUUGCAGAAAGAGCCUUUGGGAGACAUGCCUGCAGUUGUGAUGUCGCGGGGAGGUCUGUGUGCGCUGUGGAAGCCACCAGGGUGGUCCGUGAAUGUUUGGCGUGAUGACUUCCAUGGCUUGGGAGGCGGGCCUUUAGGAGACACCGAGGGUCAGGGUGAUAAAGGAAAAGAUCAAGGAGACCAGGAACCGGAAGCGAAGGAACUGCAAAGUUGGUUGAUGAAGAGUUUUGGUAACAAGUACAAAAUCUCUCUUGACCCAGCCGUUUCCCAUGGCUUACUUCAUCGUUUGGAUCGCAUGACCUCUGGAGUGAUCAUUUGGGCAAGCAGCUACCACAGCUAUUUCAAAGGCCGGCUUCAGCUCGCAACCCGCAAGGGCCUGAGAAAGGAGUACAUGUGCCUCUCUCAUGGCCUGAUGCCACGCUCUCCACGUAUCAUCGACCUGCCUUUGCAAGAGCUGCCGGACGGCUCUGCUGUGCAGCGGACCCGGGUCACUGAUGGCCCUGGCAAGGCGAGUGCAACUUGCUUAGAGGAGAUAUCACACUUUCAAGGUCCUCGGCGAUUCUUGAGUCUUGUAACCUUGGAGUUGCACACUGGGCGCCAGCACCAGAUCCGUGCACAUUUGUCAGAUGAUGGCCAUCCGUUGCUAGGCGAUGUCGAUUACGGCGGUGAUCCACCAGCAUCAGGUGGCGCCCCAAGGGUUUGUCUCCAUUCAAGCGGAAUCCGUUUAGACAGGGAGGAGCCGCUGGAGGCAAGGCUGCCGUGGCCAGAAGACUUGAAGCCUGUUGUGGAGCAGCUGAUGCCUGUAGAUGUGAUCUCAAGGGUCGCAUUGCGCAAGGCCUGCAGCAAGGAACAGAUAGAAAAACAAGUAUCGGAUCAUGAGACCGUGGUGAUACGUGUUUGGUUGAUGCUUAGACUCAGCUGAGCGAAGUUGGCGUCAAUCACUGACUGAGGAC